CUUUUCUACAACAAGUCCAUCGACACACGCUCGAAAUCUUCACAGCAACUACCAAACCAAACUCAGAACCACUCACCACCACAAUGCGCGGAAACGACGCUACCACCAAAGUCCACUACAAGGGCAGCGUUGACGACUUCAUCAUCUUCGUCGACAGCGCAAAGGCCGUGCAAGAUUGGAAGCAAGACAGUAGCAUUCCACUUGCACAGGUAGUGAGCGGAUUCAAGAUUUUUGUGACCCACAAGCAGGGCAACACUGGCAUUCUGGACGGUGCUUCUAAAGCUCAGCUUGAGAGCGAGUUCGGCUCGAGCAAGGACGACGAUGUCGUGAAGCAGAUACUCGGGAAGGGGUCCAUCGUUGAGUCCACGAGCUCUGGUCGUGACGGCGUGAAGAACAUCUCGCAGGGCGGAACUGUUGCGCACUAGGCGCGAACAAAAUGUGAGCUGGCUCACUACAUAGCGACAUAGCCGGCCCAGGAUACCCAGAAGCCAAGUGGUCAGGAGCUGGGCGCGAGGCACAGCCUUACAUGGGCCGGCGCCAUCAGAUACGAGGCAUGAUGAAUGAAAAGCAAUUGAAAUGAAAAUGAAGUGUCAAU